CUACAGUGCCGGCUGGGUUUUUCUGAGGCUAUUUGCAAGAAGGUGCCAAGAUGGCGGCGCUCUGGGGCGGCGGCGCGGGACAUGCCGGGGCUGGAGGAACCCUCUCACUGCGAGGAGGCACGGAGUCUGCAGUGGGCAAUGACCUUUCUUCUGCACAGUACUUACUGACGGAGGAUAUGCGCUUGGCAUCACUGGAGGCAGAAACCAUCCUUGAAGCAGAAGAGCUCCUGGGAACGAUGCAGGAUUAUUUGGAUUCUUCUGUCAUCUCCAUCAUUGAAGAUUACAGCAGUUUAACAGAGACAAAAUGUCGCAUGGAUGUGGAUAAUGAACUUUCCCUGUUGACUGCAAUAACAGAUAUUCUGGACAGCACAGAUGAUGAGUCCCUGUCUCCUUUUGAUACCAUUCCUGAUUCUGAAUUAUUGACAUCACCCAGAGAGCGUGAUAACUCUUCGUUUCAGAGGUUCCUCAGCUUGUCCAUGACACCUCCAAAGCAAGACUUCCAUAAUGGAGAGGAUUUCAAAGAGCCUAGAAUUUGCACCAUUAUGGCUGACAAGGUUGAAGCCAGCCCCGCCUUGACACUGUCUUCAAGUUGUCCCAAGGAGUCAACUGCUUCCAAGAAACCCAGUAGUAAAGCACCAUGGGGCGAGUGGAGACUGUUCAGGCACAAGGAGCGAGAGCCACCUGUGCUGCAGCGCAGUGAUGGGGAAGAGGAGGAGGAGGAGGAGACGGUAACAGAUUCUGGGCAGAGAAUUGUGGCAGAUGAAGAGAUCACUGAAGCAUCUGCAGCAAAGGAAGUAGACAUGGACCUUGCUGCAAGUGAUGGUCCCUGUAUCAUUACCCCAGAGAGUAUCUCCCUCAGUGAGCUGGUGAGGUCCAUGCACUCCUACUGCCAGCCCGCUGUCACUCUGUGUGUGAGUCCUCAGAGCCAGCCCCUUGUUGCAGAGUUCCUUUCUGGCCAAGUUGUCCUGGAUGUUGUGCCUGAGAGUGGAGAGAGCAUGAAGAUCCCAGUGGUCCUGCAGAAUGUGGAGGCAGAACCUCCGUGCAAAACUGAUUGCACAGUUGGUCACAUCGACAAAGGGGCAAUAUUGCUGGCUCCUGGCCUGGAAGAAGGGCUGCCUGCAGACUCCAAGACAGCACACCUGGACAUAGAGCUUGCCUUGGGCAGCCAGGGUCAGCAGGCAGGCAGGGCUGCUCCCCAGGGGGUAGAAGAUGCUCCUCCAGGGGCAGAGAAGGGACUUCAGAGGUCAGCAGACAAUCAAGAGAGCAAGUCUCGGCCUGGCCCAGUAGUGACAACAAAUAUGAAGGUCAGUGCCCAGGAGAAGGGCCGGCGAGGUGGGCACACUAGGAAGAACAGGAAACAACCCAGUGAGGAGGCAAAGUGGCAGAAGGUGUCCACAACCUGUAGGCUGCCCUCUGCUGCCUCUAAACAAGAACAAGGCAGGACUAACGCAAGCAAUGCUGUCCUGCCUUCUGGGUCAGACAUUGACUUUCUAGAUAAGCAGCUGGAAAAAGCUGAAGGGCAAGGUCAGCAUGAACCCCUUCCAGACCAAGCAUCUCCUUCAAAAGAGAAUAUGUGCACUGAGAAGGAAUUGUUGAAGAGUGUGCCAGAGAUGGGGCUCAAGAGCUCACUUGUGCCAAGCUUGGAGAGUGCAGAGGAAUAUUCAUUUACUCAACACCAGGGCUGCGUGGACCCAGUGUCUACAGAGCAGGAGGAUGUGCAGGAGCCCAACAACAGGAGCCACUCCACUUUGCCAGCUAAUGAGACGGCUGGUUCGGAAACCUCCCAGUUGCUCUCCAGCAGCACUGCAGACACGGCAGGACAGCUUCCUGGGAGUCCUCUCGGCACCAGCAGCACGGAUGUUGGCUGCCCCCAGAAGGAGGCCAAGCCCCGGCCUCUCAGCCUAAGUGAAUACCGGCAGCGUCGACAGCAGCGCCAGCCCAGUGACAGAAGUACAAAGAGCAGCCCAGAGAAACGGAGUUCCAGCAAGUGGCCCAGCCUUCCUGAGCUCCCUACAGAGUUAGCUGACCUUCCUUGCCUGGUGGUGCCUCCCUCGGCCACCAAGGUGUCUGUUCCUGGUCUAGCAAAGGAGCCUGAAAAGCCUGCUGACUCUUCCAGUAGUCCUGCCCCAGUGGGCAAAGCAAGCGCCAUGCUUCCUUCCAUGCCAGCCCCUGCACCAGCAGCUCCUCUUCCUUACCAACACGGUGGUGUGAGCAGUGCUCCUCCUUCUACUACACCAGUUCCUAUUGUGCCCCCACUGCCCAGUACAGUAGGUGCCUUUCUGCCUGUUAGGGCUCAGGUGCCCCCAACAUUGCCCCCACCUUACCUACCAUCAACUCCUUUCCUACCUGCCCCUCCCAGUUCCUACAUUUUGAGCUCACUACCAGUGCCUUCCUGGUCUCCCUUUGCUCCUCUGCCAACUGGCUGCCAAAGCCUGCCACCUCAGCCUCCUGCCACUGAAGUUUGCCCUACUAUCUUGAGUCAGGUCCCUCCUGUGCCCCCACCAACCUGGCCUCCCCCACCUGUUCCGCUGCCCCCUUUUGGUCCAGGCCUUCCUUACACCUCUGUAGAGUGGGCCUCGGUGCCACAGCCUUCCUACUGGCCUGGUAUCCCAAUUCCACCUCCCAUGUUGCCCAUCCCAUACAGGGAUCAAGGCACUCUUGUGCAGAGCCCCCCAGUUGGUCCCUUCCCAGCCCCUUCUCUCUCUGAAGGGACAUUUGGCCAGCAGAGUACACUUCGGACACCAGAGCCCCCUGUCUUCAGAGUGCAGAGUUUGGCAGCCACUGAAAAACCAGGCCUGGCCAUCCAUGCAUACAGAGUGAAAGCUCCCUCUGCAGUCAUAACUUACCCUAGAAGAGUAUCAGACCCAAGGAGGCAAGCACAACCCUCUGUGGCAGAGUCCAAAGCAGAGGUUACUUCUGGCAGUUCUCAGGCCUCGGAAAAGUUGCUUUUCCUUCAAUCAACCAUUGAGCUGCAGGAGAGCAUAGCAAUGACUCAGCCUAUUAGGAAGAGCUCCAUCCCACCAUCUUUAGGGGAGCUCCAUUCUGUUCCUCCUGCUCAGCAAGCCAGUGACACACUGAAAUCCUCAGAAGAGCCUUCCGUUUUGCUUGCUCCCCAACCUGCAGGGGACGCCCUUGCACGCAAUCACCCUGUGGAGAAGGCCUGCACCAUUUCUGCCCCCAGAGAGACUCACUCUGCUUCUCCACCACAAGAAGAAAAUUCUCCCCUUGCUGCCUCAGUGCCAGAAAAGCUGACAAGGCAGAUUGCAACAGAGGAAGAUGUUGGGAAAGGUCUCUCAGUGGUUCCUAGUUCCCUGACAUCAGCGGUCCCCAAGAAGGUGCCUGCAGCUGGCCAAGUUGCCAAGAAACUGGCCCAGACAUGGAAACAUCAGCCUCUCAUUAGCAUUGCACAGCGCAGCCGCAACAAAGAGAUCGUUGAAGUCUUUAUCAAUGAGAUUGGAAUUGAGGCCUCUGACCUGUCCAGCCUGCUAGAGCAAUUUGAAAAGUCAGAAGUCAAAAAGGAAGCUUCCAGUGUGGCAGAGUCCAGGGACAACUUGGCUACAGGGAAGGAUGGCUCCGAGAUGCAGCAUGAAAAGAGGAUGUUGGACCGGCUUCAGGCACCAGAGCUUGCUAAUGUUGCAGGCCUGACCCCUCCAGCCACUCCACCCCACCAGCUAUGGAAGCCUCUGGCAGCCAUCUCACUGCUGGGGAAGGCGGAGUCCCCAAAAGGUGCCAGGCUUACGAAAUCCCUGAGCAAACCCCAUCAAAAAGUGACAGCCCCUGUUCAUGUGGGCUCUGGUGAGCAUGACUAUUGUCAGCUCGGCACUGCCCAACCAAAGGAAGGCUCCCGAUGGAAUGUCAAACACAACACGGAUAUCACUAUAAAACCCAUUGCGGCCUUGGCGAAACAAGUGCCAGAGCAGCCUGCUACCAAUCAGGCCACGGUUGCUGCCAGACUGGGCCCUGUAGGCACUCUCGACUUGACUGCUGCCUGCCAGAAACCCGAAGAGGUUCCCAGUCCUGAUGAUGCUGGCCAGGACCGGAUUCAGGUCUUGAGUGCUUCUGCAACAGUCUCGAGCCCGGCUACAUCAGAGUCGCCACUACUAGAAAGCAGCCUCACAAGCCCACACACAGAGCCAUUGGACCACCGGACUAGUACACCAAGGUCCGCAGUUAGGGGCAGCAGCGGCGAUCCGUGCUCUGUUCUGCUGUCCCCAGCUGCCUCCCCCUGCCGGGAUGCAGAAAAAAUGUCUCAGCAACCUCGGGAGCUUCAGCAGAAGCCCCUUGCUUCCAAGCGCUCCUUACGAUGCUAUCGGAGCAGGCAGAAGUCAACCAGUCCUCAAGAGAGCAGAUGGAGAAGCCGCCGAAAGCGCGCCAGCCGUUCCUUCAGCUCUAGUUCUGAUGGAGACAGUGACUCAGACUCCUCUUCUUCCUCCUCUUCCUCGUCUCGUUCUCGGUCUCUGUCGCCCCCACCAAAGCGCUGGCGAAGAUACCGCUCUCGAAGCUCCAGCUCCUCUUCCUGUGACAGCUCAUGGAGCCAGUCAAGGAGCAGGUCCCGGUCUUCCUCAUGUUCUUCCUAUGUAUCAAGAUCAUCCUCCCGUUCCCCCUCUCUGCACAGAAGGAGAAGCUGCAGGGAAAGAUAUGAUUCCAGCAGCUCCCGAGAUAGUUACCAAAGGCAAAAAAUCAGAUACAAAGAACAUGCAAUAGAGGAGCGCCGUGUUGUUUUCAUUGGAAAGAUCCCCAGCAGGAUGACCCGUUCAGAGCUGCGGCACCGGUUCUCUGUAUUUGGAGCCAUUGAGGACUGCACAUUGCAUUUCCGGGAGCAGGGGGAUAACUAUGGCUUUGUGACGUACCGCUAUGCUGAGGAGGCCUUUGCUGCCAUAGAGGGUGGAAAUGCACUGCGUUGCCCUGACGAGCAGCCCUUUGACCUGUGCUUCGGAGGGCGCCGCCAGUUUUGUAAAAGAACCUAUGCUGACUUGGACUCAAACAGAGAAGAUUUCGAGCCUGCUCCUGCAAAGAGCAAAUUUGACUCCCUUGACUUCGACACCUUAUUGAAGCAGGCUCAGCGGAAGCUGCGGAGGUAGCACUGGCUCUCCCGGGCUCAUCUUGCCCGGUAGGCAUCUGCCUACACCAGCCUUACCUCAGACUGGCUGCAGGGACAGGUGCUCCCCAGGCCUCGCUGCUAUGCCCAGCAUGGUUUUGUAAUGAAAGAUGGGGGGGGGGGGACACCCACAAACAAUUUUUAUCUUGACUGUUUUUCUAGGGACUACUUAAGGGGAAGGAUGUUUUCUCUUAAAAGUGGGGACAGGAAUGGAAAGACCAUCAGCCACCUUCAGCCCGCUUAAUCACUAUGCAGAAAAUAAAACUCGUAUCAUAGACGCGCCACCGUC